AAUCAGCUGAGAAGUGACAUCAGUCAGCAAAGUUCAGAGUUGUUUACUGUGAAUGGAAGCAGAGCCCUCAGAUCAGGGGCUCAGCCUCCGGCCACCCCUCCCUCCCCUGCCCCAACUGUGGGAGCCUACCCCUCAGAAAGCCAGCCAGAGGCAAGAAUCCACCCAGCGAAGGUCACUUCUCCAACCACCUUUUCAUGAGUGUGCCUGCGGGCUCUGCACCUUCGUAUUGUUUCUUUGCAAGGGGCAGGAGAGAUGGCCAUCCCCAGGCUAUGGCGGGAUGGCGAUGGCCACGGGCCCUUCGUGGGCAUCAUGAUCCUCACAGCUGUGGUCAUCUCCCUCCUGUUCUAUGCCCUCCUCUGGAAGGCCGGCAACCUCGUGGAGCUGCCCAACCUGACAAUCGGCUUCUACAACUUCUGCCUCUGGAGUGAGGACACAGGCUCGCUGCAGUGCCACGUCUUUCCGGAGCUGGAGGCCCUGGGGGUGUCUCGGGUGGGCCUGGCACUGUCUAGGCUCGGCGUGUACGGGGCCUUUGUCCUCACCCUCUUUGUUCCUCUGCCUCUGCUCCUUGCCUGGUGCAACAGUACCGAGGGAGAGUGGCAGCUGGCGGUGGGCUUCCUGGCCAUGUCCUCCCUGAUGCUGGCCAGCGGCCUGGGUCUCUUCCUGUGCUAUGUGUGGAAGUGGAUUGCGCUCUCCCUCCUGGGGCCUGGCUUUCUAGCUGUGGGUCUGGCCCAGGUCUUACUCUUCCUCUUGUUUAUGGCCACAGCUGUGUUCUCUCCAAAGGUCAGGACAAGAUCAAGCUUAAGAACUGCUAGUUCUGUCUAAAGGCUCACAUGAUUGCAAGGAUUCAGUUCCACCUCUGCACAGAGAAAAUGCCAGGAGAAGAUGCCAGGGCUGGCACAUCUUCUGGGCCAUCUUGUUUCAUAAGUGAUGCUGACCUCAAGCUCCAGCAGAUAGAACCAUCCACUGAGCAGGCGGGGCUGAGGCGGUGUGGGCAGCAGGGCGCCUGUGGCUUCUUAGCAGACUGUCUGUCCUUUGGGAUUUCUAAGAACCCCACAAAACCACACCGUCCAUCCCCCCAUGAAUUCCUGCUUGAAUGAACUGACCUGGAUGGCUGUUAUUCUAGCCUCUGGAGGGCGAAGGAGGCAUGUUUAAUAUCAUGGGACUCCAUUUCCAGGCUGAUUUCGCCAAAUUGCCAAACUGGAGCCCAGUGAUGGUUUAGUUUAUGACAAUAAAUGGGACCAUUAUGAGAGAU